GAUAACCAGUACCCCGGCGUUCGCCGUAGCGGUUGGACGUGUUUUCUGUGUCGGUCUGUGUCGCGCCCGCGAGUGAAAAUGACAUUACGAUGUUAAGUGCCGCGUAUAAUUUCAAGUGUUUUUGUGAGUGCGUUCUAGUGUUUACAGUUUAGCCGCGGAUUACAUCAAAUUCAACGCUAAAAUGUUAACAAUGCAGCGAUUGCUUACCAUCACGCUGAUGACCACCAUGGCGGCAGACGUAUACACCCAGGAAGACCGGGAGCACCAGGGCCCACAAACCUGCGGGGGCCGCCUCAAGGGCCCAGUGGGGGUCAUCCAGACCCCCAACUUCCCAAACCCGUUCCCGGUCCCGAUAAAAUGCCGCUGGAUCAUCGAGCAUGACAUUGUCAACGGGACCAUAUCGAUAUAUUUCACUCAGCAGUACACGACCAGUGGGCUGACCUUCACAGAGUAUAUGUACUAUGAUGAGUCGUACAAACUGGGUGAGAGGAAGGCUCUCACCGUCACCGAGGAGAACAUCACCAGGAUCAAGUGGUUGCAGGUCCAAAGUCCAGUCCUAGUCGUGGAGCUGUCUCUAAACAGACUGGAGGGGACACAACUCAGGGCUCUAGGGCUCCUGUCAGUGUUUGGCUUCAACGUGACGUACGCCGUGCGGGGGCCCAACGAGGCCCCGGGGCCCCCUUCCUGCAGCGCUAUAGAGUGUCGGCUGCUGGGACACUGCUACGCUCGUCAGGAUUAUCAGGAGUUUUUCUGCUCGUGUUUCGAGGGCUACUCGGGCAGCGAUUGCGGCGUGGGCCCCCUCUGCCCGCGAACCUCCAACAUGUGCAAGAACGGCGGCACCUGCAGACAGAUGGGCCCGGCGGCAGUAAGCUGUAUCUGUGCUCCCGGGUACACGGGAGAUCUCUGCGAGGCGCAAGUAGCUGCUCCUGAAUGUGGAAUAGAAGAAUGCUCAGGUUGCAAAGAUGGAAGUUGUGAAUGCAACCCGAAAGACAGCGACGCUUCAUCGGCGCGUUUUGAAACAAGACUGCAAAUAGUGGACCAACCAAAUAUGAACAUAUCUCAAGAAAUUGUCAAACAGAUAACGAGCUACUUAAAAACCUCAAACAUUACGUUAGAAGAUGAAAUAGAAAUGCUAAAUUUAAGUACCCCGGAAGCGAACAACGCGCGCACAGCAUCGCUGCGCAUAUGGGGCGUGCGCAAGGAGGCGGGCGCUCUACGCGCGGCGCUGUCGCGGCUGGCCGCCACGCGCGUGCGAGCCGACCGCCUGCGCCUGCUCAACGCGCCCGUACACUUCAAUAUGCAUCCUGCGCUCAGUUUACAUGCUCUGAUAGUCAACCAGCGCCCAGAGGUGUGGGAAGGCUCAGAAUUCAUCCUGAGCUGCAUGGCGUACGGCUCGCCGGACAUCGUGUUCACUUGGUACAAGGAUGGAGUGCAGGUGAACUUCAAUGGCACCACUAGGGAUAUUUGGACGCGAACAGUAGCAGAGGAUGCCCUAGGCAGGCGUAUGUCAGUGCUAGGAGUGUCAGAGGCUAAGAGACCUGACGGCGGCAAGUGGUCCUGCGCAGCCGAAGACACGGGGCGGAGGCGAUGUCGCGCGCUGCGAUUGGCUGUGCUCCGGCCGCCUGAUAUACGACUUGUGCCCUCCGCCUUAACUGUCAAUAAGGGCGACAACGUAAGCAUCACAUGCCUGGCGGGUGCUGGCCGAGUCCAUGGAGUGUUGGGGUUCAGCUGGGCCAGGGAGAGGACCUUGCUGCGUCUGGCGCCUGGAAGGGAGGUCUGGGAAGAUCUGUACCCCGCCGGCAGUGUACUCAAGCUUUAUAACGUCCAGAAAUCUGGUGAAUUUCGGUGUCAAGUGUCUUCAGUAGCGGGUACCAACGCGAAGGGGGUAACAAUGUGGGCUUUGGGGCCUAACGACGAGGCCUGCCAAGCGGAGGCCUCACACGGCCUGCGGUGGCCUAAGACCGCUCCCGGGGCCCACGCUUCUGCCACGUGUCCGCCAGGACAUAGUGGAGAGUCUACUAGAUUCUGUGAACCAAAGACGGGCCAGCAUGGUGUCAAGUGGAUGUCGCCUGACUUCUCGGGAUGCAUUGCCGAUUCUCUGAAGGACAUAUAUGAACAGUUCACUAGAAUCUCCUACGGCUACUCAUGGGCCAAUGUCUCCCACGUGGCGCACCAAUAUGGCGCUGUUCUGCGCUCCCUCCCCGCGCACCCCGGAGAGGGGUCCCUCCCCCUCCGACACUCCCAGGACAUGCUCGCCUACCUGCUCUCCGCUGCCGGGAAACCCAGGGAUAGGGUGGAGAGCGUCGAACAUCUGUUGAAGAUAUACGAUACCUUGCUCAAGCAUCCCGACGCUUUUUUGGAUGAGGAGAAAGUAUACGAGCUCCAAAACGCGGUAGCAGACACGGCGGGAAUGAAGGAUCACUUAGACAUUCACCUCCACGAGUUUUCAGUCAAGACAAAGCCGGCCAGAGACGACCACGCCGCACACUUCUCCUUGCAAACCACCUCUCUAGGACCUGAGGAGUGGGUCUUGGCUUCGGCCGGAGUGGAACUCCUUGGAAGAACCGGCAAUGCGUCUGUAGUCGCUGUACAAUACCAUAAUUUAGCUACUAGACUGCCGUCCCUGAGAAGGUCUAUUGAGUUUAAUGACUCGUCUUCCAGGAACGGGCGCGAGACGGAGUACCUGCUGGCGUCCAGGCAGGUGCAGACCUGGGCUAGUGGUGGUGUGGACACCUCUGUGCAACAUACCGUCACGCUGCUAUUCACGCAUGUCAAGAAUUAUACUGCUGUUGCGUCCAAGCUAGCGUGUGGGCUGCGCACGCGUUCGAACCCUAGAGCUUGGAGCACGAAGGCGUGUGAAGUGCGAGUGCCGGAGCCGACACACGUGGCGUGCAGGUGCCGGGGGCUGGGCACCUACGCCCUCUUCACCGUCGCUAGGUCUACCCUCACGGACGCAGAGAAAGACCUGCGUGGCAUAGUGAAGAUCACCGUGGGUCUGGGCGGCGCGAUGUGCCUGGCGGCGGCAGCGCUGCAGCUGCUAGCGCUGGUGCCGGGCCGCAAGCCCAGGUUGCCUGUACUGUUGAAGGUGGCCACCGCGGGCACGCACUCCGCCGCCAUGUUGGCUCUACUCGAGUGUGAUACGCGACAGGAGGAGGCGUGCCCCGGCGCACUAGGCUGGGUGUGCGCAGCGUGCUGGUGCGCAGGGUGCGCGGCGCUGUGUGCGCAGCCGCUACUGCUGCAGGCUGAGCUAGCGGGCCGCGCGCAGCGGGCGCCCUCGGUAGGCUUGCUCGCAGGCGUGUGCACGCUGUCGUGGCUGUCGGCGCGGCUGUGGGGCGGCGCGCCGCUGCAGCUGGGCGCGGCGGCGCAGGCCGUGUGCGCGGCGGGCUGCGCGCUGCUGGCGGCGCUGUGCCUGGCGCUGGCCGCCUGCGCCGCCGCGCGCCUCAGGACCAUCACGCACAAGGUGCCCGCCGAGAGGAGGAACUACCUCAACGACAGGUGUCGCGUAGUCCGGCACACGCUGGUGCUGCUGGUGACGACGUCGGCGGCGCAGGCGGCGGGCGUGGCGUACGCGCAGCCGGGGGAGCGGCAGCUGGCGCACGUGGCCGUGCUCGCUGUCGCCGCGCUGGCCAAUGGUUUAGCAAUGCUGAUAUGCUACGUGAUCCGAGACGACGAGUGCCUGCAGUCGGCCAGGAGGGUCCUCUCACUCUCCUCCAAAGACUGGCACGAGUCGCCCGCGGGGGAUACCUCUCUUAGUUUGUACAUAAAGCAAGGGGGUGAAGUAGAGAGCAGAGGAGGCGUGCUAGAGUCGUCCUCCUCCCACGUAUCCCCCAUAGCGUCGUACUGGCGCGCGCCCGGGCUGGAGAGCCCCGCUAGAAUACAAAGAAGGCUAUCAACCCCAGACAGCAGAGCAGACAUAGUUCGUUGCGUGGAAUACAAGGACUCCAUCCUGAGUCCGCACCGCUACGAGGCGCGGCACGUGACCACGACUCACGCGGUUUGCGACCUUAUCCCUCAUAAUGUGCACACUAACCCGCAGCCCGAGUACAUGGCUCGGGUAUGUCUGGAGCUAGGAGUCCUCAACACCCCUCCCACCAGGCACCCCCUGCCCGCAACAUCCCCCGCCCCCCUCCUCACCUGCUCAGUAGACUUCGAGCCCUACGACAAACGCUUCGACACCGCCAAAGAAAACUGCUCCAUAUGCGUCCAGUCCAACCCAGACGUAUCCAAAAUCCCCUCCCCGCCCAUCAAGAGCUGUCUAAAGAAAACCAAAGCGGACUUCACCUCAAGCACAUCCCUACCGUCCAUGGAGGUCAUCAAAGAUGAACCCAAGUCCAAAUCUGACAUAGACCAAGUGAACCGGGAGUGGAAGAAAGCGUACGACUCCCCGGCGGAGACGGACAAGAUGCUCAACAAGAUAUCCAGCGAUUUGGAUUUUCUCUUAAACAGGACUCAGGAUCCUAGUAAAAAUAUACUAGACCAGAUAGAGGAGGCCCCGACUUAGAGAAGUGGUUAGGUUAGAGUUGUAAGCGAAUGAAUAACAUGGAAACAGGGGUGCAACAAGCCAGUUAGAUAAAUAAAUUUUGUAAAUAUAAAAAGUUUUAUAAUAACUUAUAAAUUGUAUCAAACUCGCUCUGUUGAUAUUUUUAUCUAUAAUUUCUUUUUCGAACACUAUCGUACUUGUUGUGUUGUAUUACAUUAAAACAAUCAAAGUAGUCGAAUAUGUGUGUAUGCACAAUAGAUGCGUAAUGUUAAUUUUAACAGAUUGUGAUAACCUCAAAUACUUAAAGAUAUUCUAAAUUAUAAAAUAAAUAUUUAGGAAAUUGUGAUAUUAAGUUUAUGCCAUGGACGACGUCGUCCAUGCUUCUGAGUUACCUGAAGCUAACCAAAACGUUACUUUAGUACCUAAGUUUUAAUUUACAAUUUUGUUAAAUUAGUAACAUUAUUUUUUUAUAUAAUUUAGAAACAUCCCACCCUUCGAAGUAUUCUCCACACACUUAAAUUAAGUUAAACUUCAACAUUAGUAAAUUUCAAUUGUUAAAUGUAAUUGUAAAUAUGAAACUGUACAUAUGUUUAAAUAAGGUGAAUUCUGAACGAAUUAUAUUUUAUGUUAAAUCGGGUACAAUAUAUUUUUAUUUACAGUAAAUUUUUUACAAUUGAA